AUGACCUGGACUAUUAGAGUACCCGAUCGCGCAUUGAUAUUCGGUCGAGAGAGAACAGACGAAAGGCAAAAGAAGCGAGACCAAGCUGUAAUUGAUGAUGAAAUGUUACUUGCCAAGCUUGGGUACAAGCAAAGUCUUAGUCGCCAGCUGUCGACAUUUUCAAAUUUUGCAAUUUCUUUUGGAUGCUGCUCUGUCUUGAGUGGAUUACUGCCGAUGUGGGGCACAACACUGCUCACAGGCGGUACUUCUGCCUCUAUUUGGGGCUAUUUGACCGUAGCAGUUCUCACAUUAUCCAUUGGGUUCAGCCUCGCAGAAAUUUGCAGCGCAUUUCCAACGACAGGAGGUCUGUACUUUUGGACGGCACAAUUGUCGGAUUCAGAGUGGGUCCCUUUCAUGUGCUGGAUAGUUGGCUAUUUCAACUGGCUUAGUCUAGCAGUUGCUAUUUGCGCAGGUGAUCUAGGUAUGGCAGGAUUUCUGACAUCUGCCAUUUCUGUUACACACCCAGACUUUGUCACGACACCAGCAAUAGACUACGGCGUAUUUAUCGCUAUUCUACUGAUACACGGUUGGAUGAAUACACUACCGAUUAAAUUUACGGGCGUCAUUAAUAAUGUGUCUGUAUGGUGGCAUGUAAUGGGGAUUCUGUUUAUUGUCGUGGUCGGUCUACUGCUGACACCCAAUAAACCAUCAGCCUCCUUUGCCUUGGGCCAGAUGUAUAAUGGAUCAGGAUUCAGCAGCGAGGGCUACGCUUGGUUGAUUGGAUUGCUCCAGGCUCAGUUUACUUUGAACGGCUAUGAUACCGCUGCCCAUGUGAGCGAAGAAACACGAUCUGCUCAGAAGGGAUCUCCCAUGGGUAUUGUUAUGGCAAUUGGCACAUCAGCCGUGGCUGGUACUGUUCUCAUGAUUGCCUGUGCAUUUAUGAUACAAGACUUUGAUAGGCAGAUUGUACACUCAACCAACAAUAUGGCUAUCACUCAAGUCUUUCUUGAUGGCACAGGCGUAGGCUGGACAAUGUGGUUCCUAGUGAUUAUCCUCGUAGCCAUGUAUUUUGCUGGUGCUGCUGUUAUUGUAGGCUCCUCUCGACAAACCUACGCUUUUGCUCGCGAUGGAGCAAUGCCAUUCUCGAAUUGGCUCGCUAAACUGACAAAGUCUAAAGUGCCUGCCAAUGCGGUCUGGUUCAACAUCAUCUUUUCUGCCAUUCUGGGCAUCCCAUAUCUUUUCAGCGAAGUUGCGUUCGAAACCAUUGUAUCCAUAAAUACAAUUGCAGCAAGUAUCUCAUAUUUUAUACCCAUUUGGCUGCGAAUUACAAUGGCAAGAAAGCGUUUUCAGAAAGGACCCUUUCAUCUAGGCGCGUUCUCCGUGCCAUGUGGUAUCAUCGCUUGUGCUUGGAUAUCCUUCACCUCUGCUCUAUUUAUCUUACCCACUCAAUGGCCUGUUACCCCUUCCAAUAUGAAUUUCGCCGUCAUUCCAUUUGCAUUCGUGAUUGGUUUAGCUUCUUUAGUGUACGCUGUUUCAGGUCGAAAGUGGUUUACGGGUCCUGUGCGUAACAUUGAUACUGUCAUUAUCAGAGAAGAAGACGGACAGGUGAUACAAGAGACUCGUCGAGUGGUUUUACUCUCUGAAGACGAUGACCAAGAUAGCUGUUGGAUGCAAGAUGGCAUUCCUGUAAAGAAAAACUAG